GCAUGACUGGGUCUUUACGGCUCCUAAACGAUCGAUUCACGCACUUGCAUGCUGCACACUACCACACUCCGUACUAUUCAUUCACUUGAGCUUAUCUGCCGAAUCUACCAAUCAUUCAGCUUUUUCUAUCACAAUAAAUCAACAAAUAUUACUUUCAGUUAUGGUUUAUUAGCCAAGCGAACAACGAGUCAGAGAGGGGCAGAGAGUUUAGUAGGCCCAACGAUAAUAAUGUACUUCUCUCUUCUCCUCUCUGUCCUUCCGAAGCCAACUAUAUACAACCUCCGGCCACUUAACUGCAUUAUUGGAAGAGAGAUCAGAGAGGGGCAGAGAGUUUAGCAGGCACGGAGAAAUGGCGUCGAGACCGCCGCCGUGUCCGUGCCCGUGUCCGUGUCGCAGGCUCUUCUUAGUGUGCCUCUUGUGCUUCUUGCUGCUCACCGAGGCCGGCGGCGGCCAUGGCGCAGGAGGAGGGGCGGCUGAGCAGCAGGCACCUGCUCCAGCUCCCACUCCUAGUCGACUCUUCCCACCUGAAGAGCGUGUCCUUCGCCGGAUCGCUGCCAAGCUCGGCGUGCUACACUGGGACUUCGCCGCCGCCGCCGCCGGUGGCCCGUGCCAAGACCCUGCCGCCGGAGUGGACUGCCACUGCACCUCUUCAGACUCCGACUAUACAGUCUGCCAUGUCAUUCACAUAGACCUCAGGAGGCACAACUUCUCCGGCGAGCUCCCACCGGACUUUGCCGACCUCCCCUAUCUUCUCCACCUAGAUCUAAGCCGGAGCUUGUUUCAUGGUGGAGUGCCCAGCCAGUGGGCCCAGAUGAAGUUACAAGCACUAUUACUGAUGGGAAACAGAUUGUCAGGGCCUUUUCCCAUAGUUCUCACAAGUAUCACAACCCUGACUCACCUGGACAUUGAAGGCAAUGGUUUCUAUGGGCCAAUCCCUCCUGAAAUUGGACAUCUUACGCAUCUGGAGAGGCUAGUAAUAUCAGCCAAUGAGUUCACUGGACCCCUACCACCUGCUCUAUCCUUGUUGACUAAUUUAACUGAUUUGAGGAUUUCUAGCAACAAUUUAUCUGGAAGACUGCCUCAUUUUUGGGAAAAUUUAGCAAGGCUCCAAACAUUGCAAAUCGAAGGAUCUUUGUUGGAAGGGCCUAUUCCCCCCAGCCUAUCUAAAUUGACAAACCUUCAUGAUCUGAGGAUUAGUGAUCUGAGAGGUAGUGGUUCACCUUUCCCUGAUUUAAGUGGAAUGUCAUCCUUGAACAAAUUGGUACUAAGGAACUGUUCCAUCAGUGGAAGCAUCCCGCCUUAUAUUGGCACAUGGACAACUCUGAAGCAUCUGGAUCUGAGCUUUAAUAAAUUGAGUGGACAAAUACCAGCUUCUUUUGCUAACAUGGGAAGGGUUGAUUACAUAUAUCUAACUGCAAACUCACUCACUGGGGACAUACCUGGAUGGUUAUUGAGAAGAAACAAAAUCGCAGACAUAUCUUUCAAUAACUUCACGAUGGGGAGUUCAGAUCCUAACCAAUGCCUUCCAGGGAGUGUCAAUCUAGUGGAGAGCUAUUCAUCUGACAUGAACAGUUCAAGUAGUGUUCAGUCAUGCUUGAAGAGGAAUUUCCCAUGUGUUGCUUCGAAUGGACAAUAUAGAUCUUCCUUGCAUAUCAAUUGUGGUGGCAAAGAAGCAACUAUUAAUGGAGUUAAAUACGAAGCUGACACAACACCAAAAGGUGCUUCAUUGCUGUAUGUAAGCCCAGGUUCAAAUUGGGCAUUCAGCAGCACUGGUAACUUCAUGGACGACAACAUCACUGAUGACAGCUACAUUGCAACAAGCACAUUAAAAUUGGACAUGCCCGAUUCAGAGUUGUACACCAAAGCCCGUCUUUCUCCUCUUUCCCUCACAUAUUAUGGGCUUUGUAUGUUCAGUGGGAGCUACACGGUUAAACUCCACUUUGCUGAAAUUGUGUUCACAAAUGACAGCACAUUUUGUAGCCUUGGCAAAAGAAGAUUCAAUGUGUUCAUACAGGGAAGAAUGGUGCUAGAGGAUUUUGAUAUCGAGCAGUCAUCCAGUGCAAUUGGAAAGCCAGUUAUCACGACUUUUCAAACAUAUGUCACAAAUCAUACUCUAGAAAUUCAGUUAUAUUGGGCAGGAAGAGGGACAACAGGCAUUCCAUAUAGAGGUUCUUAUGGCCCACUGAUAUCUGCAAUAUCAGUAACACCAAAUUUUAUUCUUGAACCUCCCGAAACUGGCAGUAGCAAUAAGAUUUCACGGGCAUCUAUAUCGAUUGGAAUUCCUAUAAUAGCAAUUUUGACUGCUCUGGCUGUAUGCAUUUAUUGUAUUAAGAAGAGGAGAAAGAGUUCAAAGAAUAAAGAUCUCCUAGCUCUUGACCUGCAAACUGGCUCCUUCACCUUGCGACAAAUCAAAGUGGCAACUAGGAACUUUGACCUGGCUAACAAGAUUGGUGAAGGUGGUUUUGGUUCAGUUUACAAGGGUUUAUUGUCCGAUGGCACCGUCAUCGCUGUCAAGCAGUUAUCAACAAGGUCUAAACAAGGGAAUCGAGAAUUCGUGAAUGAGAUAGGGAUGAUAUCUGCACUACAGCAUCCAAACCUUGUCAAACUCUAUGGCUGCUGUACAGAAGGAAACCAGCUGUUGUUAGUUUAUGAGUAUCUGGAAAAUAAUUGCCUUGCACGAGCUCUUUUUGUUGAUCAAUACAGACUCAGAUUGGAUUGGGCAACAAGACAUAGGAUUUGCCUUGGGAUAGCAAAAGGUCUAGCAUAUCUACAUGAGGAGUCCACAAUAAGGAUCGUACACCGUGAUAUCAAGGCCAGCAAUAUAUUGCUUGACAAAAAUUUGAAUGCCAAGAUCUCAGAUUUUGGGCUAGCAAAGCUUAAUGAAGAUGAUCACACCCACAUAAGCACAAAAGUAGCUGGAACUAUCGGAUACAUGGCUCCUGAGUAUGCUAUGCGUGGUUAUUUGACAGAUAAAGCUGAUGUAUACAGUUUUGGUGUUGUUGCUUUGGAAAUUGUCAGUGGAAAAAGUAACACAAACUACAGGCCAAACGAAGAUUUUGUUCAUCUUCUAGAUUGGGCUUGUGUUCUGCAUGAGAGAGGAGCUCUCCUGGAAUUGGUAGAUCCAGAUCUAGGAUCCAAUUACUCAACAGAAGAGGCACUCAUCAUGCUAAAUGUUGCCUUGCUAUGCACAACCGCAGCACCUACACUCAGACCAAAGAUGUCAAAAGUUGUUAGCCUGCUUGAGGGCCACACCCCUCUUCAGCCCUUGCUGUCAGAUCUCAGUCUAGCUCAGAAUUGCCUGAGCACAGGUGGUUUAUGCAGGAACCUCUGGCAAAAACUAAGUGAGCGUCAAAGACUGACAGCACAAGCUUUCUGCAAUUACAGUAAUGAAUCAUCAACCAUAGAUAUAAAUAAUGACCUGAGACCAUUGGUGAGUCAGAUGUAG